UGACAUUAUGUCCGACCCGUACGCAUCGAUCAACCGUCCAAGAAAUGGUUCAUAACUACUUUAAACGACCUAUAAGCUCAAAUGUUGUUAAAAGCACAUGAGCGUUUAAAUAGGUUACGCGAAAACUUGAAGCAUAAGCAGUAACAAUGGUGUAGCGAUAAAACGGACACCUCAGAAAUUUACGACUGAAAUUCAAUCUGUUGAUGCAUCAUCUUUCUUUAAAACAUAAGUAAAGCCAUGCUCAAUCGCCAAUGAAACUUUUCCACAACAAUGCUUCAAUCAUUUAACAAACAAUUACAAAAGUUAGAACUACAGCUAAAACAGUGUAAUUACGACUGCAAAAUCGUGACUCAAAACGAAUCAAAUUCGUUGUACAUUUCAUGGCAAUAUUCGGACUUCCAAACAUGUGUCGAAAAGGAUGAGCAGUGUCUUGAUGUUGUCCACAACCGUGCGCCUAUUAUUAAUAUUAGAGAAUGGAUUGUGUACUCAAAAACUUUUUUGGUCCCGGUACUGUACUUUCAAGUGUAUUGUAAUGGGCACUUUGUCAGCAAACUUGACGAGCUUGAACAACUCCUAAACUGUCACGAUGAACAUCUUCAUGAGGCUGUAGGAAUGGGGGACCAUCCUAUUGAAUCCGGCAUUUGCUGGUUUAUUCAUCCUUGCCAAACAAAGUCCUUUUUCGAUAACUGGAGCUUAAGCAUUAAUGAAAGUCGCUAUUUGGACACUUGGUUGUCCUAUAUUCAAUGCAAAUUUGCGUUUUUAUGUGUCCCAUUUUAUGAAUCGCGGCUUCAUGCAACAAAACAACAAUCCGAAUUGCAAGGAUAACUCAUUCUUUAGCAGACUAGAUCCGGACACAGUUGGAAGAUGUAAUUCACAUUGCUUAUAGCCCUAUAUCCAAUGAAAAAAACUCAAAUAAUCAUAACCACCUUGCUUGAUAUCCAGAAAUAAACAAAAACGACACAAUAAUAAAGCACAGGGUAAAAAACGUUUGUGAAAUAAUAAAAAAAAAGCCUAAUUGUCCUGAGUACGUUUGAUUUUAUCCAGUAGGUAACUCAUUUGGUUUUUCAUAACCGGCUGUCCACUUUUUGUCCGCUCCCGAAGCUUCUUCUUUUGCUUUUCUCUGUCUUCUUUUUUCUUUUGAAUCUCCUCCUUCUUUCUCAAUUUCUCAAGUCGUUCUUCCUCCCUUUUUUUUCUGGCUUCCUUUUGUUUGUCAAAAACGGCUUGAAGACCAUUCUUAUGGGUUGCUUUUUUUCUUUUCAAUUGCUUAUCGUCAACAUGCUCAUUUUUUAUUGACUUAUAAAAGGAUUUUUUCACCUUGGCUUUAAAAAUUAAGUCUUGUUUAAUUUUUUUCUCCUUUCCUUUAUAGGCAUGAGCAGGCAAAGUUCUGAACUUAAAUCCGCCCUUUUUUGUCUUCUUUUUGUCUGUAACUUUCGGCGUAGCCAUCUUGAAUAGUGCUUUGUACUGGGCGACACAAUUCUGUGCUGGUAGAAGGUACUGACCAGCUUGCCGCUAAAUCUGUUUAAAAGUUUU